GCAAGUCUUUUAUUUUGUGCUGUUAAGUCAGCGUUACACAUUCUGGUGGACAGCAACCCAGGGGGCGCCAUUUUCAAACUUAAACUGCCCAGGAGAAAGCGCUGCCAAAUUAAGGUUUCCCAGGGAUCAUAGGAUCACACUUGGGGAUUUCUACUUUGUGUGCAUGGUAGUAGAGACAGGUUGUGUGUGCGCUCCACCUGAUUCACUAAAAUCCCGAAAACUGCGCACUUCGGAGAGGAGAGGGCCCUGGCAACAGCGAGGGAACCAGACUAGAAGGGAGCACCGGGGAGUUCAGUAGGGGAGUAGCCAGCCUCGCCAGGGCUGGGGCUGAGCAGCCCGGAGAUCCCCUAUGCAGCACGACGGUGGCUCGUUCGUGCCAUUGUUUCAACUUCCACUGGGGCUCUCGGCGGACUCUGGAGAGCGGGAGCAGGGAUAGGAGGGGACGCGGUGGGCCUCCUUUGGGAUCCCCGCCCCUCUUCUCUCCCCGGAGUUCUCUUGGGAGAUCCGCCUGCCCAGGGCUUUGUGAAGUGUCUUCGGUCACUAUGGAAACCAAAAGGGAACGAUGGAAGAGGGGCGUGGGCUGUGCAGUAGAUUUCUCGUGCGGCUCUCACUUGUCUCCUUUCCCGUCUCCGUAGCAAGGCCUGACGGGAGUCGUAGUCCGAAGCUUCCCCGCCUUGAGGACGAUAGGAUUAGAAGAGGGAUGAUGGUCCCUAUCAGUCCUCUAGUCCUAGGCUAGGAGCCUCGGCGGUGGGGUGCAGGAGGAGGGGAGGCGGAGCCAAGCGCUCAGUGAUUGGUUGAAGCUGAUCCUUCUGGGCCCUCUCCCCGCCCCCAUUCUCUGUUUCCACCUCUCGCAUUACUCUCCCCCCACCCCUAGCUGCUCCUCCUUCUCCCCCCGCCCCACUCCGUCUUCCAUCCCGGAGUCUCGUUUAGUGUGCUGGGGUUACCGAGCUCAGAGCGCAGCCACGGCGGAGCCGGAUCGCGGCGACAGCUGUAGCAGCAGCGGCCGUAGCCGCCUUCCCAGCUCAGAGCAUCGACGGCCCCAGCCCCGCAGCGGCACUGAGGGAGGUGGCAGCGACAGGAGGACGGUGGAGGACGCAGGAGCUUGCAGCGGCGGCAGCCAGGCAGAGAGCUUCGAGAGAUUGCAAGCUCUCUCCUACCCCACAGCCCCCAUGCCCCUUGGCCUGGUUGUGGCCCCAAAAUUCGGAAUUUCAGCUGUGGGCUGACUGCUAUUCUUUCCCAACCCAGUCCCCGCGCUGCGUCGGAGAGAGGGCGCGGCACCACCGCAUGUCUCCGCCACCUGCCCAGGGCCACAAAGAGACCACUCGCCACAGCUAGCUCUAAAGGAAGAUGCUUGCCAAUUCAGCCAGUGUGAGGAUUCUCAUCAAGGGGGGUAAAGUAGUAAAUGACGACUGCACCCAUGAAGCUGACGUUUAUAUUGAAAAUGGCAUCAUUCAGCAAGUGGGAAGAGAACUCAUGAUCCCAGGAGGAGCCAAGGUGAUCGAUGCAACAGGAAAGUUGGUGAUUCCUGGGGGCAUAGAUACCAGCACUCAUUUCCAUCAGACCUUCAUGAAUGCCACAUGUGUGGAUGAUUUUUACCAUGGAACAAAGGCUGCACUGGUAGGAGGAACAACUAUGAUCAUAGGCCAUGUUCUACCUGACAAAGAAACAUCCCUCCUGGAUGCCUAUGAGAAGUGCAGGAACCUGGCUGACCCCAAAGUGUGCUGUGACUACUCACUCCACAUGGGAAUCACCUGGUGGUCUCCAAAGGUGAAAGCAGAAAUGGAGACUUUGGUGAGAGAGAAGGGUGUCAACUCAUUCCAGAUGUUUAUGACCUACAAAGACUUAUAUAUGCUUCGAGAUAGUGAAUUAUAUCAAGUCUUCUGUGCUUGCAAGGAUAUUGGUGCAAUAGCCCGAGUCCAUGCUGAAAAUGGAGAACUUGUGGCCGAGGGUGCCAGAGAAGCACUAGAUUUGGGCAUCACAGGUCCUGAAGGAAUAGAGAUCAGCCGUCCAGAGGAGCUGGAAGCCGAAGCGACCCACCGUGUUAUCACUAUUGCCAACAGGACUCAUUGUCCAGUUUACCUGGUCAACGUUUCCAGUAUCUCUGCUGGAGAUGUCAUUGCUGCUGCUAAGAUGCAAGGUAAGGUUGUCUAUGCAGAGACCACCACUGCACAUGCCACGUUGACAGGCUUACACUAUUACCACCAGGACUGGUCCCAUGCAGCUGCUUAUGUCACAGUGCCCCCUCUGAGGCUGGACACCAACACUUCCACCUACCUCAUGAGUCUGCUAGCCAAUGACACUCUGAACAUUGUAGCUUCUGACCAUCGGCCCUUCACCACAAAACAGAAGGCAAUGGGCAAGGAGGAUUUCACUAAGAUCCCUCAUGGAGUGAGUGGUGUACAAGACCGUAUGAGUAUCAUCUGGGAGAGAGGCGUGGUGGGAGGAAAGAUGGAUGAAAACCGUUUUGUGGCUGUGACUAGUUCAAAUGCAGCCAAGCUUCACAACCUGUAUCCCCGAAAGGGCCGCAUCAUCCCGGGAGCUGACGCUGAUGUAGUUGUGUGGGACCCAGAGGCUACAAAGACCAUUUCAGCUAGCACUCAAGUGCAAGGAGGAGAUAUAAAUUUAUAUGAAAACAUGCGCUGCCACGGGGUUCCUUUGGUCACUAUCAGCCGAGGACGAGUUGUGUAUGAGAAUGGAGUCUUCAUGUGUGCUGAGGGCACAGGCAAGUUCUGCCUACUUCGAUCCUUCCCAGAUACUGUGUACAAGAAGCUGGUCCAGAGAGAGAAGAGCUUAAAGGUUAAGGGAGUGGACCGCACUCCCUACCUGGGGGAUGUAGCUGUGGUUGUGCAUGCUGGGAAAAAAGAGAUGGGAACUCCACUUGCAGACACUCCCACCCGGCCAGUCACUCGACAUGGGGGCAUGAGGGACCUUCACGAGUCCAGCUUCAGCCUAUCUGGUUCUCAAAUCGAUGACCAUGUUCCAAAGCGAGCCUCGGCUCGGAUUCUCGCUCCCCCCGGCGGCAGGUCGAGCGGCAUUUGGUAAAGACGCUGACCAGCCUCCCAACUAAGGAUGCAGCAGCAGCUAGCCAGCCCACCUUCUGGCCACCACUGCAGGUUGCAUGGGGAGGCUGGGCCAGACAGUCCCAACACCCAAGAAGGAGGGGGGGGGAAGGGAAGGGCACACAGGACACUUGGGAGCACUUCACAUGUCUGAAACGUCAUUCACUAUGCUUUGAGCCAAUCCUAACAAGCACUUUGGGACGAUGCUCCUCUUGCUGUAGUCCUUUCCUUUCCUGGCCUCAGCAGGCUGCGUCUGUGGGCCAGGGGGGACCCGGCACUAUGCACCGAACCGCAAUGCAUAGGCAGCAACCUCGCCCCAACUCUCACACUUGCCUCAGGCUGCUCGCUUUGUGAGAAAGCAGCAGCUCGAAAGAUCCUCUUCCUACCCUGGCCAGCCAGUGUCCAGGGCACUUUGGCAGAAGUGUUUCAAAAGAAGAGGCCUCCCUACUCCCUUCCCAUGCUCCUUCCUGUCACCUCCCCCUCCUCGAUAACCAUAUUUCCCACUCCUGCUAGAGUCUUUGUUCCCCCACCAAGUCUAAGAUUCCCUCCCCAUCCCAUAGUUACUGAGUUCAUCAGUGGUCCCUGUUCCAAGCCAAGGCAUUUAUACAGAUGAAGCAAACGAACCCUUUGCCAGCUCCCUCUUCCCUUCUCUCUUCCUUCCAGUCAUCCUCCCACACUUACAAAGAACAAGCAGCCAAGAAGAAAGAGCGGGGAGCUGGUGCGAGGCCUCGUGCCAUGCGCGUGUAAAUGAUUUUGUUUUGCACGUUUGGUUUGAGCAGUGGUUUGGUUUGAUUUGUUAGUGCAUCAUGUGAAAAAAAAAACAGUGCUUUGUGUCACUUAGCGUUAGGAUAGAAAUGAGGAUAGACAUGAUCCUCAAGAGAUGCUGCAGUCAACACCAACCCAAGAGGCAGGGCAGGUGUAGAACAAGCCCCCAUCCUCCUGUCCCCCACAUUGGGUCCUCCAGAUGGUUAAAGGGCAGAAAUAGUCCUAGAUAGUCACCCUCCCCCAAGCCUGACAGAUAAGGACACAGCUCCCAGAUCCUCACGUGGACCAAAAUCAAGAACCUGAUCCUAUAAGAAUGGCCUGGGCAUCAGUUAUUUAAAACAUUCAGAUUUGUAUGGUCUUUACCCUCUCUUUGCUGAGCUCCUUGAGCUGACCAGAGCUUUCAGGCAGAGGCCUGGGCUGUCCUCCUUUGUGACUGCUGAGAAACCUCCUGCUUUCCAAGAGAGGGGGAAAAGGAGAAGUAGGAGGGGAGAAGGGUCUCUAUAAAAAGACAGGGAGAGUUUAGGCAGGAAGGCUGCAGCUACAGGGUCCUGUAAGACUAUAUGUAGGAUGUCUGUGGCCAUGCCUCCAGCCUGCCUCACCCCCGCCCCUACCUGCUGCCAUCCUCUUCCUGAGAUUCCUUAUGUCUCAGUCAAGCCCUUCCCCAGCAUUGAGGGGAUUCUUUACUUGAAAGGAAAUCAAAUCUUAGGGACGGUCUGCCUUCCAAAAUUGAAGACCACUGGGCUUUUCAAUAGAAAUACUCAGUCUCUUCGGAGACCUCAGCUACAAAGGGUGGGGUCUCUUCAUCUAUUACUGAGUGACAUUCUCUCUUGACAGAAGAGAGGAUAAUAGGAGGAGGCACUCAGGCCAGGACAUACCCUCCUUUUCCUGGGCUCUGUUCCAGUUUCUUAGUUUUAUCCCUGCUCUUAUUUAGAGCAGUCUUCCAUCUCCUAGAGAUCACAAGAAGCCAAUCCCCGCCCCUGUGGCUCCCAAGCUCUUAUAAGAGUUCAGCAAUACCCCCUUGUAAGUCUAAUGCCAGAAGUUGCCAGAAUUCCCUCCAGCAGCUUUGAUCUUGCACCCUUGCUGUGGAGAGGAGGCAUGAGGCAACUUCUGGUUGCCAAUCCUCACCAAACAAUUGCAAAAUCACUUGUAGAAUUUGCCUCUCAAGUGAAUCAUCAACAAGGGCAUACAUGUGUUUGUUUUUCCCCUUAUGGCCAUUCAGUCUAAUGCAAAAAUCCUUAAAACUAAGUCCUUUGUGUCUGAGAUAGGACCAGUGGAAUAUUAGAAGCUUGCUCUGUAUUUUGAACUCUAGCCUGCCAUGGCAUUUUUACACCCAGCCUCUCCUCAUAACCCAAUUUCAGUCUCUCAUUAGCACACUGGAGAGGGCAAGUCGUGGCUGGCCAGAAGAUAAAAGGCAAACAGUUGGUGAGGCCAAAGCAGAUUACAGGAGGUUAUAGAUGUGGUAGCCAAGUAGGCAAUAGGUUGGUCAGGAGAUAGCACAUAAUGACUGCAGCUGGGGUGGGGAGUGGAUUCCAACUCAGUCCCAUAAGGCUAUAGAUGCCUACUAUGGCUGCUUUAAUCUCUAGCCUCUCUGUGGUCCUGAAUAAGACAACUAUUACCUUUCUCUCCACUUUCUAUGCAGUGGGACUUGGGCAGCUGCCAAAGAGCUGGCCAGCAGGGCAGGCCAGAACUACCACAGAUUUUUGCUGGGAGAGCUUUUCCAUACAGGUCCCAAUACUGGAAUUUUAGAAUUAAAUGCCCAGUACAGGGAGGAGGGAGAAAGGGGAGUAGUGGAACCACAUUCCUUCUCUCACCAAAAUUGCAGGUCUGAGGGGUCAUCAUUUCCCCUACCCCACUCCCACCCUCCUGACCUCUAUCUAUGACCCAUCCACACCAAAAUGGUUCUAGCUGGAAAAUCAGGAGGUGGUCCAAAAUGUCAUAAGAAAUAGCCAGCCUCUCCUCUUCCCCUCAAUCCCACUUCUCCUUGCCCCUUUACAGAACCCAGAGCCACUUGGAAGACAUGCUUGUCUCUCAUAGUUGGAAUGAAAAAGGGUCUCUGGUUGCAUUGAAUGCAGCUCUCAAACUGGUCUUGUACUUGCUGGAAUAAAUGCUGUUUUUCUUGCCUUAGCUGCUCUCUAGGUUUGUGGGGUUGUGUUAUGGGAACAUUGUGCUACUACUGUGUGUGUGUGUGUGUGUGUGUGUGUGUGUAGUACUAGGAGUCCACAGUAGGUCUCUGUCAAGUCUGUACCGUAAUGAGGACUUUUUGGACUCUGACCCAGAAACCAACAGAACCAAACUGAAACCAAAACCUUCCUCCAGCAGCAACAGAGGCGGCAGGCAUGGUCUGGGGUCAGCAUGGAACCACCCCGCAGCCCAGGCACCCAAAUGACUUUCCUUAUGCCUCCGUAAAUGUUAUGGUGCUAAGAAUGUGUCAGUCCCGAAAUGACACACUUUUCCUAUGCUUUAGCCACCUGUUUCAGACAAAACAACAAACAAACAACAACAACACACACAACACCCCAACACAUUGUGUUCUGGUGCAGGUUUGUAUUAAACUGUAGCUACUUCUCA